CAUGCCAAACAGCCUCUUCACCAAGCCGAACUAUUAGGUAAGGUUCAUAAAUAUAUUGCUAGAAAACAGGAGGGGCUGGCCGCCGGCGCUGCUUCGUUGAUCCUUCGCUGCGAAUCGGACGCAUUUUCCUUCCGAUGAACCAAAAACCAGCUGCGUGCGAGGAAACAGGCCAACCCAAUCACUAUAUAUAUAUAUGUGUGUGUGUGUGCGCCGAUCGUUUUUCGAAGAAGAACCAAUUGUUUAUUGCCAAUUAACAUUCCCGGCCAAAACAUUACCGACGUACGUACAGCGCCACCAUUGACGAGCCGCCGAGUCGUCCUGUUCCCGCGUAGCUCAACCCCCAUCCCUCGCCAGUCGCCGAGGCGCUGAAUAUUCCUUCCGCCUCCACACCGCCGGCGAAAUAUUCGUCCUAUAUUACAAAUUCAUGGCGGCUUUGUGUAGUUCUUCGUUGGUUGAGAAGAUUGAAUUGUUUGAUGGAUCUGAUGAUGAAUAUGGGGGAGUUGUUGUUGAAAUGAAGGAACCCAUGGAUUCUGAGCUCUUUGCCUCUGUGCUUAGAGCUUCAAUAUUGCAGUGGACUCAGCAGGGAAAGAAAUGUGUUUGGAUCAAAUUGUCAAUAGAACUUGUACAUUUCGUUGAGCCAACAGUUAAGCAAGGAUUUAGGUAUCAUCAUGCGGAACCAUCUUACCUGAUGCUUGUGAAAUGGAUUCCCAGAACUAGUGACACUCUUCCUCCAAAUGCUUCGCAUCGAGUCGGCAUUGGCGCCUUCGUGAUGAACGACGCGGGAGAGGUUCUCGUAGUCCAGGAAAAGAGUGGCAUAUUCAAAGGCACGGGCGUAUGGAAGUUCCCUACAGGCGUAGUUGAAGAGGGUGAGGAACUCCAUGAGGCUGCAAUCAGAGAAGUGAAAGAAGAGGCAGGAAUUGAGGCAGAAUUUCUUGAAGUUCUUGCAUUCAGCCAAAGCCUCAAUUCUUUCUUCGGGAAGUCAGAUUUGUUCUUCGUCUGCAUGCUCAGACCUCUCUCGCUCAAUAUCCAGAAACAGGACUCAGAGAUUGAAGCAGCAAGAUGGAUUCCCCUUGAAGAAUACACCGCACAGCCAUUUAUACAGAAACACGAGCAAUUCAAGCUCAUUGCCAACGUCUGCUUGGAGAAGACGAGGAACAAAUACACUGGCUUCACUGCAGUGCCCACGACCUCAGCCUUCUCCACCGAAAGAAACCAACUCUACCUCCACAAGAAGGAUCUCAACUCUCUAAAUUAGGCUUCGUAAAAAAGGCCCUCUUUUCCGGGUCAUUUGUAUCCGGACCACCCGGAACCUUGUAGAAUGACGAGAUGAAUACUGUGAGCAAAACAGUCGGUUGAUCCUAGGAUCUGAGUUCUCUGUCGGCGGGAUAUGGCUUUAUGACAACAGCAAAUUUAGAAACUUUAGACAUACGUUGU